CACUUGCUCUUGUCUAAUCCCCCAAGUUUCCCAUUUCAUUUUUCUUGAUUUGAAAGACGAAGAAGGUUAAGUCGACGUUUAAAGAUCCGUGGCGACGGAGAAAGCUCUUUAUUUUUAUGCUUCUUCUUUCUUUUCCCCAGAAAAUUCCGUAAUACAGAAGAGGGUUCUGGAUUUCAGAGUCAGUAGUUAGGUUCUUCAAAGUGUGCAGGGCUAAAGUCCUAGUCGAGUCCGUUUUCAAAAAAUGAUUGCCCAGCGCCGUGAGCUGCAAGAUUCAACCCUUCGUUAAGAGGUUACGUUUCCUAGCACUGAAAUAUAACUUGAAAUACUGCAGGGUCUUCAUUUUCAAUCUUCAUCUCCAACAAGUCUCCAAUUUUUUUUUGAAUAGUUUGAGAGGAUGAGGAGUUUGUUGCGACAGUCAAAAGUUGGAGAGGAUGAGGGAUAUGCUGCCAUAAUCAAAGGUUGCCAAAAAUGAGGGUUUUUUUCUUGCCAUAAUUAAAUGUUGGAGAGUAUGAAGAGUUUGUCGCCAUAACCAUAGGUUGGAGAGGCUGAAGGAUUUUUUACCAUAAUCAAAGUUGGAGAGGAUGAGGGAUAUUAUGCCGUAAUCAAAGGUUGGAGAGGAUGAGGGGUUUGUUGCCAUAAAUCAAAGUUUGGAGAGGAUGAGGGGUUUUUUGCCAUAAAUUAAAGGUUGGAUAGGAAACCUACACUCUUGAACCAAUAAUCUCAAGUAUUUGAGGCUAGUCUUUUCUUUAUAAUUCCCUCUUCCAUUGAUGAAGUAUGGCUCAAUCAUCGUCUCAUUUUAAGUUUUGUAUGGUUUAAUAUUAAGGUUGAGAUUGAAGGAAGAGGAUUUUGAAACUUUGAUCAAUACCCAUAGAAGGAAGAUGUAGUGUGUUUUUCACCAGAUUGUAGCUUACAUUGGUUAAAUUUUGAAGGAAGAAGAUUGAUGAAGCAAGGAAGAGGAUUCUGAAAUCUUGAUCAAUUACCCAUUGAUGGAAGAUGUAUUGUGUUUUUCACCAGGUCGUUGCUUGCUUUUGAAAAUUGAUGUCGGAGUUGAUAACCCAUCAUUGGAAGCUUGUGUAUGAAUUAGAAGCUUGCGUGUGAGGAAAAUGCCGAUUGACAAAAGUUGGAUGAAUGGGAAGAAUCGUCUAUCAAGAGAGUAUAGAACAGGGGUCAAAGAGUUUGUUGAACAUGCAAAGCCUCAUGUCAAUCAUGAAGGACAGAUGAGAUGUCCAUGCAUGAAAUGCCUCAAUCAAAAAUUUCAGAUUCCAAGAGCAGUUGAAAUGCAUUUAUUUCAGAAUGGUAUCCAAUCGUCCUACAGAGUGUGGUCAUUUCACGGAGAGUCAUUCCAUAAUCCUCUUGUUGAUUAUUCAGGAGAUGAAGAUGACAACAAUGAGGAUGAUGAGAUGGCUGGUAUGUUGAUAGAUUUAGCUAGGCAUGGUGGACACAAUCAAGGAUCAUGUGGAGAUAAUCGUGGAUCGGGUGGCGAUAAUUGUGGAUCAGGUGGAGACCAGAGUACCACUAGGAAGAGGAAAACCAGAGCAGAGUCCAGAAGUGUGGUUGUUGAGAAGAUGCUUCGGAAGCAAAAGACUGACAAGUUGAUAGUCAAGUUUGAUCCUCACACAGGGAAGAGUUUGGAAAAGAGUGGGAAGACAUUCAACAAUAUGAUUGCCCAAUUAGUUAGAAGCACAUUUUCACCACGGUUUACACGCUGGGAAGAUGUACCUAAAACUGAUAUUGAGACAGUAUAUUCUCGGCUGGAUCUAAAGUUUGUUUAUCCACACGACGAUAAAAUUGUCAUGGAUGAAAUCGAGAGGUUGCAAAUGAAGGCUUUUCGAGAAUGGAGGUAUGAGAUGAAAUGUUUUUGGAAAAAGUUAGGAGGAGAGGAGAAUGCUGAAGCCCCAAAGAGCACUCCAUACAAGCGAAUUGCUCCUGAAGAUUGGAACAUUCUCUGCGAUUUUUUUAGUUCUGAGGACCAGAAGAAAAUUUCAUCUCAAAACUCCCAAAAUCGAAAACGAAGACCAUUUGAAGGGGGGCAUGGCUCUAAGACGAUUGUGUCUCAUAUGUACGAUGGAGCUGAUCCUCUAACUGGUAAGCUACCUAGUGUUAUUGAUACUUUUCAACAACUUCAUUGUAAACCAAAAAAGGGAUGGAGGAACGAGUAUGCUGCAGAGAAAUUUGAUGCUAUGACACAAAUACGAGAUUCUCAACCACCAACAGCAGCAGCCACUGGCGAGUCUGCUGGAUCUACUGAAUAUGGUGAAGAAGUGGCUCAGCCAAAAGACUUGGAGAUUAUGACAGAAGUCUUGGGACCCCGAUCCCGUUAUCACAAAGGAUAUGGGUCAAUGCCUAGGCUUAAAGCAAUUGGAGGUAAUCGAGCAGUCAAUGUGAGAAGCAUUAUCCAGGAGCGUGAGAAGGACACAGCCAUCACUGUUCUCAAAGAACAAGUCGCUAUUCAAGGAGAACAACUGGCAUCCCAACAAGCUAUGUUGGCAUCUCAACAAGCUAUGUUUGCUCAGCUGGCUUCUCAGAUGCAACAAUUGGUACCAGGCUUUCAAUUUCAGCCUCCAACAUUACCUACAAGCGCCAAUUCUGGUCAGAGUCCCAGCCGCACUCACACUCAAUCAUCAAGACAAGAUCCUUCUUCUACUAUCUAGAUCUAAUUUUAAGUUUAGUGGUUUUUUUUUUUUUAAAAUUGUGUUUUAAGGGUGCAUUUUACUUUAGAUUAUUAUUUAGCAAAUAUAGUUAAAUCUGUGUUAAAGUCAAUGGGAAGUGACUUACUUUCCUUAAUGAAACUGUUAUUUCGCUUGUCCCUAAAGUGGAGAAUCCAAAAGCGGCCAUUGACUUUAGGCCAAUUGCUUGUUGUAAUACUCUUUACAAAUGCAUCUAAAAAAUGCUUUGUGCUA